AGGUAUUUCACAAUCUGGAAUACUUUAAAAGGGCUUGAAAUCCAUCACAGGGGGUCAUACAGGGAAAACGAAGUGAGAACGUAUUUACAGAGAGACUUCGUAAAACUUUGAAGGUGAAAGAGAACUUUCCAUCCAACGAUGGCAGACAGUGGUUACCCAAAUUCAUACCCAUAUCCUUCCAACGUCAAUUACCAAGGAGCAGCCUUUCCAACUGGCUAUAACAAUAAUUCUCCACCAUUCCAAUAUGGACAGCCCAUGGUAGGCUCUAUCCCCCAAGUGCCUGUGCCAAUGCCAACUAUAGUCACCACGCAGCACAACGUGAUGGUCAUUCCUCAGCCGAGCUACAGGGAUUAUCUGGGACUGUCCAUCAUGAACCUGAUCCUGUGCUGUUUACCCAUCGGAAUUGCUGCUACAGUCUUCUCUUGCAAGGUAAAUGGGGCUCUGGGUUUAUUUUGGUUCUGGAUAAGCUUGAGGUCCCUCAUGGAAUCUGGAAUAAAGAUGCUGUAGAUGAACAGGUGAAUCAGAACAGGAGCAGAGUGGGCAGCUAGGCUGUACCGCAGCUAUCUCUGUCUAACAUGUGCAUGUAGGUUUUCAACUCACUAGAAUUCACUGCUUAGUGAAUAAACCAAUAACAGUAACACACUUAAUGGUUGCAAGCCCUGAGGCAGGGAGGGAAGGGGGAGAUAACCCCUAAAUAGUUAACUAGGAAUAAGAAAAGAAAAGAAAAAGAAAAAAAAUCUACCAACAAGUGUGUCUCUUACUAAGAGAGUUAUAGAAUUAGUGAAAAAAUAAUAAAACUUCACUUUUAAUAUCAUUAAAGGGACACUAUAGUCACCUGAACAACUUUAGCUUAAUAAAGCAGUUUUGUUGUAUAGAACAUGCCCCUGCAGCUUCACUGCUCAAUCCUCUGCCCUUUAGGAGUUAAAUCCCUUUGUUUAUGAACCCUAGUCACACCUCCCUGCAUGUGACUUGCACAGCCUUCCAUAAACACUUCCUGUAAAGAGAGCCCUAUUUAGGCUUUUUUUAUUGCAAGUUCUAUUUAAUUAAGAUUUUCUUAUCCCCUGCUAUGUUAAUAGCUUGCUAGACCCCGCAAGAGCCUCCUGUAUGUGAUUAAAGUUCAAUUUAGAGAUUGAGAUACAAUUAUUUAAGGUAAAUUACAUCUGUUUGAAAGUGAAACCAGUUUUUUUUUCCAUGCAGGCUCUGUCAAUCAUAGCCAGGGAGGUGUGGCUAGGGCUGCAUAAACAGAAACAAAGUGAUUUAACUCCUAAAUGACAGUGAAUUGAGCAGUGAAAUUGCAGGGGAAUGAUCUAUACACUAAAACUGCUUUAUUUAGCUAAAGUAAUUUAGGUGACUAUAGUGUUCCUUUAAUAAUAUAAAAUAACUCUUAUAUAAAUAAAGAUAAGAUAAAAUCAAGCAAGAGGUUCAGUCCUUCCUGUAAAUAUAGUGCUCGGUAAUGUGGCAACCCAGUAACAGUGUAUAUCACCGAAAUAAUGCUGAAAAACAAAGAUAUUAUUGAAACACAGUUAGACUGGAGUCAGAGCAGAAAGGGAGGCAGAAGAGAGGUGCUGCUAGACCAGCUCCUAUUUCAGUGAGAGUCUAAUGUGCCUUCAUGGGCACCUCUUAAAAAAGCCUUCUCUGACACAGCACCUUCUAGGGGCUCAGGAUGCUUACUCGGCAUAUCUUAGGUGUCAGCAAUAAUUGCUGCGAACUAGUGAUGUCCCGAACGGUUCGCCGAACGGUUCGCCACAGACGGCGAACAUAUGACGCUGUACCUCACAGUCAGCAGACACAUUCCAGCCAAUCAGCAGCAGACCCUCCCUCCCAGACCCUCCCACCUUCUGGACAGCUCACUAAGAAUGCAGCUUCAAAAUGGAUGCUGUCCAGGAGGCGGGAGGGUCUGGGAGGGAGGGUCUGCUGCUGAUUGGCUGGAAUGUGUCUGCUGACUGUGAGGUACAGGGUCAUAUGUUCGCCAUCUGUGGCGAACCGUUUGGCGAACCGUUCGGGACAUCACUACUGCGAACCUCACAACGGCAAAACUUUCACUCCAAAAAAAGGCAUCUGUUACGACACUCACCGCCAGGUAGAUGAAGCCGCCGUUUAGUGAAUAAUCCCCCUCUCCAGAAAUGCAGUUUCUAUCCAGCCGACCGCCAAACUCCCGAACGAAGUUCACGAACACGGCAACUCCCGAUCAGCAAAACAGUCGAACGCCUUCCACAGUUAAAAAUAACGAAAGCGCUGUCCCAGUAAUAAUUCCCCCCCACAAACGAGACCAAGCUCCGUCUUGAGGGUCAAAUAAGGAUCUGUUUAAUGGGGGCUACCUGCCCGGUAUUUAUGCAGGUCUCCACAAGGUGGACACUCCCCGAGGGGACCUUGUGGAAGACUGUAAAACAUAUUAGACAGUAGCCAAUCGCAGUGGCUUCAAUAUAAGCCCUUCCCAUCUUACCCAUAAACCCUUCUUCUCUACCCCGGAGAUAAUUAGGAAGAAACCUAAUUAUCUCCCAGGAUAGAGACAAUCGCCAUUUUAAAAUACAGUAAUAAAAAUACAUUAUAACUGAAGAAAUACCGAAUGAAUAUAGUUCGUGUAACGUAUCCCCAGACAGCCUGGAUCUGAGUGCAUAUUUCUACCGAAUAGCGCUCAGAUCCGAUGUAUCUAGUCGAAUCGCCAUGAAGUCAAAGUCUUUCACCAGUCCUUCGGUAUACGAAUGACUCCAUGGGACGGCUAUCUGGGUAAAGGUCCAUACGAAUGUAUAAAACUCCCGAACAGACCGGCGUUCGUGCGCCUCGCUGAAAUAGAAGGUGGGCAGCAGCUUCCAGCGGUGUUCGGUAGAUUAAAGUGUCCGUUUUUAGUUCCAUAGAAUUUGUACCGAACACCGCUACGCUUUCUCGUGUCCCAAAAUGGCCGCUGCCUCGUGGUCGACAUGCGAACGACGACCACCCGUACGAAUGGAAUGGAGAGGUGUCUGCGGUUAACCACAACGUUCUAAUUGGGGCCAAGAGGUUAACCAGCAGCACACUCCUUUCCUGGGUGGUCGUUCGUUCGGUAGUUUCAAUCGGUAUUUUGUAAUCACACGAACAGGGGCAUACGGACAGGAAAUCCAGCAAAAACAAAGGGUAACAGACAAACCAGCAAUACAGAUGAAUCUGUCACACGGCUCCCCCCUUGUGGGACACUCCGGCAGACCCGGCUUGACCCUUUGGCGGGUCAACGUGGGGAUGACCGGACUAAGAGGUGGUAAGAAUGUCGGUUUGCCUGGACAAUCCAUCUGCAUUCCCGUUCUGCUUACCGGGUCAGUAGCUGAUGGUGAAGUUAUAUGGUUGUAGUGCUAAACUCCACCUCAGCAGUCUGCCAUUGUCUCCCGAGACCCGGUUGAGCCAGACAAGGGGAUUGUGGUCUGUCACAAGUGAGAAUUCCUGUCAAUAUAAGUAAGGGCUUAAUUUUUUCAAUGCCCACACCAGGGCCAAACAUUCCUUCUCCACUGCCGCAUAACUCACUUCUCUGGGUAACAGCUUUCUACUGAGAUAUGCGACAGGGUGCUCUCCUCCAUCUUCCCCGACCUAGCUCAGCACAGCCCCCAGUCCAUACAUGGAAGCAUCUGUAUGGACGAGAAAACGUUUGUUAGGGACUGGGGCAGCCAGGACAGGGGCAUUCACCAGAGCCUGUUUGAGUGCUUGAAACGCAGCUUCACAAGCUGGAGACCACAGGACCUGCUUAGGGAGAUUUUUCUUUGUCAGGUCAGUCAGGGGUUUAGCAAUAGUGCUGUAGUCGGGGACAAAGCGUCUAUAGUACCCUGCUGUCCGGAGGAAGGCUAACACCUGGGUCUUAGUGAUAGGUGUGGUCCAGUUAGCUACUGCCUCUAUCUUGGCUGGCUCUGGUCUCUGGCUCCCACACCCCACUCUGUGACCCAGGUACUGCACCUCAGCCAUGCCUAAAUGGCACUUCUCUGGCUUCAAUGUCAGGCCAGCGGCCCGAAUUUUGUCCAGUACUACCCCUACAUGUACCAGGUCCCAGGACCCACUGUAGAUCGCAAUGUCAUCCAGGUAUGCACAAGCAAAUUCCUGGAAUCCAUCAAGAAGUCUAUCCACCAUACGCUGGAAGGUAGCCGGGGCAUUCUUCAUCCCAAAUGGCAUGACCUUGAAUUGGUACAGGCCAAAUGGGGUGACGAAGGCCGACUUGGGGAUAGCAUCCUCGGCCAGGGGAAUCUGCCAGUAGCCUUUACACAGGUCUAUGGUGGUCAGAUAGCGCUGUGACGGAACGCUGGCACUCCGACUGAGUACCUCCGCCAAUCGAUGCUCCUAGUGCUCGCUGAGGACUCCAAGCACUCCAACCGACACCAUCAGCACUGCAGACCCCACUUCCAGCAAUGCAAUUGCGCCGGGGUCUCUGCUGUUUCCACCCACCCUGGACCCAAGGCCAGGAUCCAGCUUCCAGUGGGUGAACCUCUCUUUCCCCAGAAAGCAGGAACAGGAACAAAUCAAGCUAUUGCAAGAGCUUCCUCUGGGGAGUAAGUGAUUAUAGCAAUCCCCAGAGUGUAGGUAUCCCUUCCCCCAAACAUGAGCCAAGGCUUAAUGCUGGAACAAGACUGAUUUACUGGCACACAAAACUCACAAUUUAUGCAACACAAAACUCCUCCUCUGGGCCAGGCUAGAUAAUUGAGUUUCUACAAUACACAAAGCUCAAUUAUCUGCUGGCCAGAAAUAAUACAGUUUCAUAAAACACAGGGACCCCAAAACAUGCAAUAACCCCAUAAAAAGUAUAUCCUUGGAACCGGGGGAUCUGGGUGAACCACAUAUCCAAAAUUCACCCAGAUCCGUUCAGUACUUUGGAAGAUACAGUUUAAUGCAGAUUUUGCAGAACAUAUACAGGCUAAAUGAAAAACAAUCACUUUAUAAUGUGUCCCCUGCUGUAUAGUCCAAAACCACCGCACGAUGUCUCUGUGCAUCAAAUACUGGCGAGAUGGCACCGUGUUGAAAAGUCCAAACAGUGUCUGUGAGUUAAAAUGGCCGCCAUCCAUUGUUCUCACCAUGUGCUUCUGAUACAGGAAAUGGUGGCCACCCAGUAACUCCACAGUAUGUCCCUAGAUGGUUCUUAAAGGGCCAGCAGCAGCACAACACAAAUCCAUUAUGCCCAAAUCAUGUCUUUAAAGGGCAAUACAUCCCAGGGGCCAUAGUCACAGGGCAAGAGGCGGGCAAGCAGUCCUCUCCAGGCACAAGUGGCGAAGGGCACUUCGUCACAAGCGCCCCCUGGCAAUGCGAUCUAACAAUUCGUCUACCCGGGGCAUCGGGUAGGCGUCAGUGGUGGUCCGCUCAUUGAGGCGCCUGUAGUUCACACAGAACCGGGUGGUUCCAUCUUUCUUAGGCACCAGGAUGACAGGCGAAGCCCAAGGGCUAUCAGAGUGUUCGAUGACCCCAAGCUGGGUCAUCUCCUGUAUCUCCUUCUGCAUUCCUUCUCGGACUGCUUCAGGGAUACGGUAAGGGGGUUGUCGCAGAGGGUUCUGUCCAGGGGUUUCUACCAUGUGUACAGCUAGGGUAGUGUAGCCAGGUUCUUGGGAGAACGUCGCCUGCUUCUCCCACAGAAGCUGUCUUGCCUGGUCCUUCUCGGUGGAGCUCAAUCUGUCCCCUAGCUGUACCAGGCUAGUAAGAUCCGUCUGGGAGUCCCUCUCUAACAAAUCUGGUAAGGGUAAACUUUUUGUAUCGUCUGCAGCAGGGGCACAUACUGCAGCGACAUUCUCCGGUCUCUCCUGAUACUCCUUUAGCAUGUUCACAUGGAAGGAUCGCUGGAUCCUUUCAUCCGAUCAGCUGGCUAUAAGGUAGGUAGUAUCACAUACCUGCGCUAACACCUUAUACGGGCCCUGCCAAGAUACCUGCAUCUUGUUCGCCUUCACAGGUUUGAGCACUAACACUUUCUGCCCAACCUGCAAGACUCGCUGUCGGGCACCCCGAUCGCACCAUCUCUUCUGUCUCCCCUGAGCCACCUGGAGAUUCUCCCUUACCAUUAGAGACAGUUUCUCCAUGCGGUCCCGAAGUUCCAGAACAUACGGCACUAUGGGGGUCCCUUCCUGCUCUGUCUCCCCCUCCCAGUGGCCUCUAAUGAGAUCUAGGGGUCCGCGGACCCUUCUCCCAUAUAGCAACUCAAAGGGGGAGAACCCAGUAGAUUCCUGAGGCACCUCUCUGUAGGAAAACAACAGAUGAGGUAGGAAUCGCUCCCAGUCUCUGCAAGUGUCAGAAAAGGUCCUCAGCAUCUGUUUGAGGGUACCGUUAAAUCGCUCGCAGAGACCGUUAGUCUGUGGAUGGUAAGGUGAGCUAAGCAGCGGUUUAAUGCCGCACACCUUCCACAGUUGCUGGGUGAGCACAGCGGUAAAUUGGGUUCCCUGGUCCGAGAGAAUCUCUUUAGGGAGCCCGACUCUGGUAAAAAUCCUAACCAGGGCAUCAGCAACUAUCUCUGCCUCUAUAUUAGACAGCGCUACUGCCUCUGGAUAGCGGGUGGCAUAAUCCACCACGGUGAGAAUAUAUUUCUUACCGGAUGGACUAGCCCUGGCCAGUGGACCCACAAUGUCAACGGCUAUACGGGCAAAGGGCUCCCCAAUGAUAGGCAUAGACAUAAGCCUAGCUCUGGGGUGGUCCCCCCGUUUUCCUACCCGCUGACAUGUGUCACACGUACUACAAUAUACCCGCACAGCCUGAUUAAAGUUUGGCCAAAAGAAGUUCUGCAUGAUCCUAUAGGCUGUGCGGCGAGAACCUAGAUGUCCAGCUAGCGGAACAUCAUGCCCUAUCCGCAGAAUCUCCUGCCGGUAUUUUGUGGGCACCACCAGCUGUCGAUUCGGCGGAGGGGCAACACUUUUCGGGGAAAGCUUAGGGAUCCUAUACAACCUGUCCCCCACCCACUCAUACCGUUCCCCAUCUACUCCUUCCUCUCCAGUAUCCGCCCUGUCCCUAUACUUCUGGAGCGUCAAAUCUGUCUGGGUUUCCCUCCCAAACUCCUCUGGGGAAUCUUUCAUGACCCCCACAUUCACAUGUCCAGAGCCCACUCCCCAAUCCAAAUGAACCCGGGCAACCGGCAGACGGAACACUGCACCUCCCGCUACCCUCACUGCCACAGUAUUUCCAGUGUGCUGGUGUUCUGAAACAAGGUUCUUUUGGAGCAAGGUCAUAGUGGCUCUGGUGUCCCUCAGACCAGUUACUGCUUUGCCAUUUAGUUUAACGGUCUGCCUGUGCUGUUGUCGGUUAUCCUGCUGCGCUGCUUGUACCGGAUCUGCCUCAUGUAGUAUACCCCAAAAUUCCUCCUGCUCAAGGCAGUGAGCGGAAGGUUGGGGUGGCUGCUGAUUUCCGCCGGCUGGUCUUCUCCACGACUGGGCUUGGCUGGAAUUGUUCAAUGGACACUCCGGUCGCUUGUGCCCCAACUGUUUACACCCAUAGCACCGGAUAGGCUGUGAGUAAUCCCGGGCGUUGAACCGGGCUGGCUGAACAUAAUUGUUCGCUGUUGGCAUUGUGGGAGUGCGUUGCGCUGGGUGUUGAUACACUGCAGUGGUUGGAGGGGCUGCUAGUUUGUACUCCACUCGGGUAGGGACCUUGGUUGCUGUCUGGUCCAGUUUCCGUGCAUCAGUGUACUCAUCAGCCAGACGAGCAGCUUCGGAUAAGGUAGCGGGUUUGCGGUCCCUAACCCACUCUCUGACUCCUGCAGGUAAGGAAUCAAAGCAGUGCUCCAACAAAAACAGUUGCAGCACUUCUUCCCCAGUUACCGCUUGGCACCCUGCCAUCCAGUGGGCUGCGGUGCGGUGUACUCGGCAUGCCCACUCCACAUAAGAAUCGCCAGCUUGUUUGUUAGUGUCCCGGAAUCGCCGCCGGUACGCCUCAGGGAUUACAGCGUAUCUGGCCAAAAGGGCAUCUUUUACUGCCCUGUAGCUGGUGAUUUCCUCCUCUGGGAUGGCCCGAAACGCCUCACUGGCCCGGCCGGAUAACUUUCCAGAGAGGAUGGUGACCCAUUCCUCUGCGGGUACCUGGUGUAAGGCACACUGCCUUUCAAAAUCAGCCAGGAACCCAUCAAUCUCUCCUUCGGCUUCUACAAAAUUUCUAAAUGCAGCAAAGGGUACCUUCCUCCUUCCAUUAUUGUUAUAGGGUACCUCAGCUGCUGCAGCGCCUCUUCCCUGGAGCGCCUGUUGUGCUGCUACUGCUGCUUGCACUUGAACCACAAUAUCUGCUGCGGGGUUGGGGCCAAAGUGUGCCAGCCUGAUCUGGACUGCCCGGUUAAAUUGUAUCUCCUCGGGUGUUAACUCCAGUAUGCCAGGUACAUCAGCUCUCCCCGUUCCCUGUGCUGCAUCCAUUUCCAAUAAUAUGGCAAUAAUCUCUCUUUUCUUGAGAUUACUCGCUGAUCGUCCUCUGCGUUCCAAUAUAUCUUUAAGGGUAGCACGCCUUAACUCUUCAUACUGCAUUUCCAACCUGGGAUGUGUAGCUGGCCUUCUGGGCGGUAGGAUUCAUCCCACCGCUGCCACCAAUUGUUACGACACUCACCGCCAGGUAGAUGAAGCCGCCGUUUAGUGAAUAAUCCCCCUCUCCAGCAAUGCAGUUUCUAUCCAGCCGACCGCCAAACUCCCGAACGAAGUUCACGAACACGGCAACUCCCGAUCAGCAAAACAGUCGAACGCCUUCCACAGUUAAAAAUACCGAAAGCGCUGUCCCAGUAAUAAUUCCCCCACACAAACGAGACCAAGCUCCGUCUUGAGGGUCAAAUAAGGAUCUGUUUAAUGGGGGCUACCUGCCCGGUAUUUAUGCAGGUCUCCACAAGGUGGACACUCCCCGAGGGGACCUUGUGGAAGACUGUAAAACAUAUUGAACAGUAGCCAAUCGCAGUGGCUUCAAUAUAAGCCCUUCCCAUCUUACCCAUAAACCCUUCUUCUCUACCCCGAAGAUAAUUAGGAAGAAACCUAAUUAUCUCCCAGGAUAGAGAUAAUCGCCAUUUUAAAAUACAGCAAGAAAAAUACAUUAAAAUAUAUAACUGAAGAAAUACUGAAUGAAUAUAGUUCGUGUAACGUAUCCCCAGACAGCCUGGAUCUGAGUGCAUAUUUCUACCGAAUAGCGCUCAGAUCCGAUGUAUCUAGGCGAAUCGCCAUGAAGUCAAAGUCUUUCACCAGUCCUUCGGUAUACGAAUGACUCCAUGGGACGGUUAUCUGGGUAAAGGUCCAUACGAAUGUAUAAAACUCCCGAACAGACCGGCGUUCGUGCGCCUCGCCGAAAUAGAAGGUGGGAAGCAGCUCCCAGCGGUGUUCGGUAGAUUAAAGUGUCCGUUUUUAGUUCCAUAGAAUUUGUACCGAACACCGCUACGCUUCCUCGUGUCCCAAAAUGGCCGCCGCCUCAUGGUUGGCAUGCGAACGACGACCACCCGUACGAAUGGAAUGGAGAGGUGUCUGCGGUUAACCACAACGUUCUAAUUGGGGCCAAGAGGUUAACCAGCAGCACACUCCUCUCCUGGGUGGUUUCAAUCGGUAUUUUGUAAUCACACGAACAGGGGCAUACGGACAGGAAAUCCAGCGAAAACAAAGGGUAACAGACGAACCAGCAAUACAGAUGAAUCUGUCACAGCAUCCUUUGGUUGGACAAUCAGUCCUUGUAACAAUCCUCUUAUUUCCUUCAUUUUCCUACUCUUAGCAGUAGUGGGUGGCUUAGUAUCAGAGAGGGCUUUUUUAAGAGCACAUUGGACUCUCACUGAAAUAGGAGCUGGUCUAGCAGCACAUCUCUUUUCCCUGCCUUUCUGCUCUGACUCCAGUCUAACUGUGUUUCAAUAAUAUUAUAUUUGUUUUUCAGCAUUAUUUCGGUAAUAUACACUGUUACUGGGUUGCCACAUUACCGAGCACUAUAUUUACAGGAAGGACUGAACCUCUUGCUUGAGUUUAUCUUAUCUUUAUUUAUAUAAGAUAUAUUUUUAUAUUUAAUGAUAUUAAAAGUUAAGUUUUAUUAUUUUUUUCACUAAUUCUAUAACUCUCUUAGCAAGAGACACACUUGUUGGUAGAUUUUUUUUCCUUUUAAUUUUAUUUUCUUAUUCCCAGAUAACUGGUGGUAGAAAUUAGCGGGGACAGACAUGAAUUGCAUACGGGGUGGACCUAAAACACCUGCCAGCAUUUUGUAGCUACAAUGAUGUACUAACUGUUGCUCUUAAAGAGACAUUCCAGACCCAUAAAGAAGUUUAGCAUACUAAAGUGCUUUAUGUGUGAAGAGUGUGUCCACUUUAUUUCAUUUUACAAAAAGUGUAGAUUUCAAUAGAAAGGUAGGACCUAUAAAUGGACCUAGUUACCCCCCCCCGGCUGGCUGUCAAUCCGAUAACUGAUGCUGUUACUUCCUGGUUGGUUAGCUCAGUGGAGAUAAACUCAAGAGGCAGCAAUUGCCCAGAGCACCUGUCUUACAAAGACUUCUUAUUGAGCUGCAUUGGGAAGUCUGUGAUUGGACGGCCACAGAAAGUCUGGGCGGGGCUAGAAGGGGAGGGUUUGUAAAGGCUGCAGGCAAGAGAUAUGUAACUAGCAAGCUGUUUUUAUAUAUACCCACAAUGAAAAAUAUAGAACAUUUUCUCCAUACUUACUGUAAUUUUCUUUUCCUGGCUAUUAUUCAUGGCAGCAUCCCUUAUGGGUUAGCUCCACCCCUAAUAGGAACAGGACAGGAAACCAUUAACUAAUUAGAACCAGACUGUAGGAAUAAAAAGGUCCCUCCUCCCUCUAUCCCACAGUCUAGUUUAAAUCUGUAAAACAAAAAACAUGGGAGUGUUGCUGAUGCUGCCAUGAAUAAUAGCCCGGAAAAGAAAAUUACGGUAAGUAUGAAGAAAUUUUUCUAUAUUCCUGGCUAAUCAUAGCAGCAUCACUUAUGGGUAAUACCCAAGCUAAGACAAAUGCGAGGGAGAAAAAAAAUGGAUACUAUUAGUCUGCUGCAAUAAUAUUUUAUUCAUGAGAAGUAACAGAGAACAAAAAACUCCUCUCCCAAAGGAAGUAGAUGAAGAAGCUACACCCAGCUUGUAGUGUUUAAUAAAUGACAUAGGAGAAGACCAGGUGGCUGCCCUGCAUAUGUCAUCAGAUGACAUCUCUGCCCAAGUAGCCCAGGAGGUAGCAAGUGCAAUAGUCGAAUUAGUCUUUAUUUUCUCUGAAUGAGAUUUUUAACAUGAUAAGCCUUCUUUAUGGUGUUUGAGAUCUAACGCCUCAAAGUAGCGGUAGAAGCAGCUUCACCUUUUCUGUAGCCAGAUGGAAGAAUUAAUAAAUGUUGUGACUUCCGAAAUUGAUUAGUGACCUCCAGAUACUUCAUCAGACAUUCCUUAACAUCCAAUUGAUAGAGCUUAAAUUCUUCCGAGGAGGAAGGGUUUGGAUAAAAGAAAGGCAGGAUAACAUCUUGUGAAAUGUGGAAUCGUGAAACCACCUUAGGUAGGAAUUCCACUCUAGGUAAUUCUUCCAUCGUGGAAGAACUGUAUAUGAUUCACAUCACUGGAGAAGGCUUGAAUCUCAGACAUUCUUUUAGCAAUGGUGAUUGCCACUAAGAACAAUGUUUUAUGAGUCAGAAUAGUGAUACCCAACUCAUCCAAAGGAGCAAAGGGGAUGUCUGACAGAACAUCCAGCACCAUAUCUGGAUGGAGGUCUUAUACAUAUAGCUGCCUUGAAGAACCUCGCUAUCAGAGGAUCUGAUGCCCAUGAGGUGUUACACAGUGCAGAUAAAGCCGAUGACUGUACUUUUAAUGUGCUUAAGCUUAACCCUUCUCCAGACUUGCAUGUAUAAAUUUCAGAACAUUAAUAUUAGUAGGAUGCAGGAAGUUUAUGGAGUUUUGUUCUGACCAUAAUUGAAAAACAUCCCAUAUUCUAUGAUAGCACGUCUUCUGGAUUUCAAAAGCAUUCAGCCACCGAGUCAGGUAAUCCUUGCUCUAAGAGUCUCUGCUUCUCAAGAACCAAGCCCCUAAAUUCAACUGGUUUGGAUUGUGAUGAACUGCUGGACCUUGGAUCAACAAAUCCAGUCUCUGAGGAAGUGGCCAUGGAGGAUGUGAUGAAGAAAGGUUUAUUUGUGUAUCUCUGCCGAGGGAUUCGGGACUUUCAGUAUGUGAGUAGUGCUACCCCAGAUUGCUAUGCCACAGAGCCUAUUUGUGUAAUGAAAGACUAUGGAAAAGACUUUGGCUCCAUGGCAAUUGAACUGUAUGUAUGUGAUCUGAGCGCCAUUCGGUAAUGUGCGCUCAGUUCUAAGCUAUCUGGGGAUAUGUUGCAUGUAUAUGUUUUAUGUAGUAAUUGAAACAUUGUGUAAUUUUUUGUCUUUUUGUAACCAUGUGGUUAAUGGAGUCUUGCCUCUGUCCUGGGAGAUCAUUUGAUUACUUCCCAAUUAUCUCCAGGAUAGAGAGGAGGGAUUGUGAUGUCACUGUGGGAGUGUUUUGUUUGUAUUGUCUGUGAUUGGCUAAUAUCCAAUAUGUGUCCCAUUGUUCCAUCAGGUGCCCUAGGGGAGUGUACACCUGGUGGACACUUGGAUAAAUACCGGGCAGGCAGCCCUCAAUAAACCAGAACUACUUAACCCUUUCUUGAAACCUUGGCUCAUGCUUGGGGGAUGGGAUAACUACACUCUUGGGGAUUGCUAUAUCACAAUACUCCCCUGAGUAUGAGCUCUUGUAAGAGCUUGUUCCUGGUUCCUGCUCUCUGGAUAUAGGAGAGGUCUACCCACUGGAAGCUGGAUCCUGGCCUUGGGUCCAGAGUGGGUGAAAGAUGGCGAGAGCCCGGCACAGCUGCAUUGCUGGAAGUGGGGUCUGUAGUGCUGAUGGUGUCAGUUAGAGUGCUCGGAGUCCUCGGCAAGCACUAGGAGCAUCGAUUGGCGGAGGUACUCGGUUGGAGUGCCAACGGUCCAUCACAGAGGACUCAAGCUCAUUCUGUUCAGGAUCGGGAACCAAGGUCUCCUUGGCCAAAUUGGAAUUAUUGCAAUAACCAUCUUCCCCUCUUUCCAAACUUUCCUCAAUAAUCAGUAAAUCAUAGGCAGGGGAGGGAAAGCAUACCCCAGAUCGAAGUCCCAGGAACAGGAAAAGGCUGAUCGAUAGUACGCUUGUAGUGAAAAAUACUUCAGGACUUGAGCCUGUUCGAAGUCAUCAAGUCCAUCUGAGGCGUGCCCCACCUUAACGAUAUCAUUUGAAAUACUUCUGGAUGCAAUUUCCAUUCUCCCGCUAGUAUCAUAGUUCUGCUCAGAUAGUCUGUCAAAACAUUUUCAGGUCCUGGGAGGUAGACUGCUUUCAGAUCCUGUAUCUUGUCUUGAGCAAAUUCCAUAAGCGGAACUAUUUCUAUUAAGAGAGCUUUGCUUCGGGUUCCACCUUGUCAAUUUAUAUAUGACGCCACAGCUCUGUUGUCUGUUUGAAUUUUUACCCAAGAGUUCUUUAGGCACUGCUGAAAUCCCAAAAGGGCAUAGUAUAUGGCUCUUAGUUCUCUUAGAUUUGAGUUCUCUUCUAAAUGUGCACCCCAUCCUUGGAGAUUUGCAUCUGUGGUCACUGUCUUCCAUGGUGGUUCUUCCAAUGUAAAGCCUAGAGAGAGGUGUUUUAUUUUCAUCCACCAAGAUAGGUCGUCUAAUGUUUUCUUUUUUUUUGAAAAUUCUUUAUUUGUAAAGAUUUUGUUUUUUGGGGGAAGGGGUACAGAAAAAAAAAGUGGGGUUAAAGUUUGUGUUACAAUCUUUGUAUAACAGGCAUGUACUCAAAGCGACAGUCAAACAAUUUGAGCAGGAAUGCAGAUAUUACAUCUUUGGUUACAGCGUAUGUUGUUUGUAUACAACUAGAUUCUAUGGUUAGAUCAACUUUUGCAAUCGUUUGGUGUUGAGGAUGGGGUGGGGUACAAAAAGGAAGAGGGAGGGGGAUAGGGUACAAUAUUGCAUACAGUACUCAUCUUACAUUUGCCAAGGAGGUGUGAGAAUACAAAUAGGUCUCCAUGACCAGGAUCAGGGAGGGGGGGUAGGCAGUGGGUCGGGGGUACAAAGUACGGAAGGUAGGAUAGGGAUGAGGGGUGGGCAAAUGGUGGCUUGGUUAUUGAGUCGCACCCUUCCUACCGUGGUCGACCUGUUGUCCGUUCACUAGUUUGAGAUUCUGUAUUUUACAGUUAGCACAUUUCACAUACAAAAGUCGUGUGUAUAUUUUAACAGAAAAAGGAGGUUGGUUAUGUGUUUGAAGACAACAUGGUAUGACAUUGCUUUGUUUGCUCAAUAAACUGGCUCGGCAGCUUGUAGGCUUGCACUGUGUCUGUCUUUGGGGGCCUUAGUAAGUGUGAGGUCGUGAAUGUGACCCUACAUGGCGUUUGGUAGUGGACUUAUGUCAUCGGGGGGGUCGCUGUUUAUCUGAGGGGAUAUUGGUCCGGGUUGGAAGUAUGUCUACGAGGAGAGGUGAUAUAGUUUGUAGGUUUGCCAAGCCAGAAGGGUCGAUGGUAGUUCUCUUGGUAGGGAGGGGGAUCUGUUUUCUCAGGUGGUGCGGCCUUUGAGUACUCUUUGGUUGCGGCUAAGUCAGAAGACCUAGGCAUAGGAGUCUGGUGCUGUAGUCAGAAGGGUUGUUGGGUGGUUGGGGGGGGGGAGAAGGUAUUUGAAGGGGAAGGGAAAGAUCACUUAGAGGGGUUGGAUGUUGCUGCCCCCUUGGGUGACCUCCCGAGUACCAGAUGGGUCAGGUGGGGUUGGGGGUGGCUGCGCGGGUGACUAUCGUCAUUCUCGUUGUGCAUUAAUGGCGUUAUUUGAGUGUUUUCUCAGCUCACCAUGGAAGGUCACUGUGUCCUUCUAUCCAUGGGUCCCAAACUUUGUGGAAUGAUUUUGGGGUGUCGUGCAGUUGCGCUGUUAGUCUGUCCAUAUCUAUGCUGUCAGUGAUUUUCGUGUAUAUUUGGGUGUGAGUGGGUAUACGUUGCGUAGACCAAUUUUCCGCAAUUGCUCUUCGUGUGGCUAAGGCCACUCGCGCUAUGAGUUUGUUCUCGUUACGGGUGAGGAUGUCUAAGGGUUUGGAUAGUAGUAGAGCCCAUGGGUCCAGGGGGACCGGUUUGUCUAGUAUUCUGGUUAGGAGAGUCGUGAUUUUUUCCCAUAGGGGGGUGAGUUUUGGGCAUGUCCACCAGCAAUGGAGGAACGUGCCGGUUUCGCCACACAAUUUCCAACAUAGGUUAGUGGGGCUUUGUUUCAUAGCCUUUAAACGGCAGGGUGUGAGGUACCAUCUGAAGAGCAUUUUGUAUGCCUGCUCUUGAUGGGUGACGCAGAUUGAGAUAGAUUUAAUGGAUGCCCAGAUGUCAGCCCAGUCCGUGGGGUCCUCGGGGGGUCCGAGAUCUUUUUCCCAUGCCAUAAUGUAGGGGAGGGCUAUCUGAGUGUGGUGUGUGGUCAGUGUUAUGUAGAUGGAUGAUAUUUGGCUCUUUCUCGAUGGUGAGUGGAGGGUAUCUUUUUCGAACCCGGUCAGUGACGAGGUGGCUGCCAUGCGGACCGUAUCCGUUGCUGCGAAGCUCCGGAGUUGGAGGUAGCGGAAGUAGUCGAAUGUGGUUAGGGUUUCAGGGUUGGGGAUGUCGGCGUAUUGCAGGAGUUCGCCAUUGGGGUAGAGGUGUCCUAACCUAACUAUGUCGCGAUCUUCAAAGUGGGCAUAGUGUUGUGGUGUGAGGCCAGGUGGGAAUAGUUUGUUGCGGAGGAUUGGGGAAAGGGGUGAUAGGCCUGUGGACAGGUCAAAUUUGUCACUGAGGCGGUCCCAGAGAUCCAGGGAGUGGGUGAUAGUCGGGGAGGUGGGGGGUGGCAGUGGUCUGUGUUGUCUCUGGAGCCACAUGUAUUGGGAGGGGUGAUCUCUCCCAAAGAUGAGAUGUUCUAGGUCUACCCAUCGUUUGUGAGCAGGGGGAAGAUGCCAAUGCUGGAUUUGUGUCAGGUGGGCUGCAUGUAGGUAGUGUGUGAGAUUGGGAAGACCUAGACCUCCGGAGGGUUUGGGUACAUAUAGUGUGGCUCGUCUAAUGUUUUCUGAGUGAGAAGAAUUAUCUGUUCCCAGUUGUACUCUCUUUUCUUGAAAUUUUGUAAGAAUUUCACUUGAAUUGGACGCAUGUUCCAUUGUGGCAAUUUGACUAAUCCUAUGGUGGACGUGAGAGAGCCCAAUAGGCUCAUAAAUUCCCUUGCCGUUAUGUGUACUUUGUAGUGAAGAUUCGGGAUCUUUACUUGAAUCCUCUCUAUUCUUUCUGGUGACAAAUUCACUGUCCCGAUGGUAGUGUCUAUAGCUGCACCUAGGAAUAUCAUCCUCUGAGCAGGUAUCAUCAUACUCUUUUCCAUAUUCAACUUCCAUCCAUGUUCUAGUAGAUGUUAUACUGUCACCUGACUGUGAAGGGCUACUAUCUGACAUGGACCUAUAAUCAAGAAGUCGUCCAGAUAAUGAUAGAUCUUUAUCCCUUUCUUUUGGAUAACUGCAACCAAAGCGAUGAGGAUCUUUGAAAACCUCCACGGUGCCAAGCUUAACCCAAACGGAAGCCCUUUGAACUGGUAGUGCCUUCCAAACACAUAGAACCGAAGGAACUUGCGGUGGUAUUUGUUGAUCAGGAUCUGAUGAUAUGCAUCCUUCAAGUCAAUUGAAGUCAUCCAAUCCCCCAUUUUUAAGUUUGGUAUGAUAGUGGAAAUGGAUUCCAUCUUGAACGUUCUUUUUAUUCUGGAAUUUAGAUUUUUUUAGAUCCAGAAUAAGUCUCCACUUCUUCUGUGGUUUUGGGGCAAGGAAAACCGUAGAAUAGUGGCCAUUUGAUUUUUCUUCUUUUGGGACUUCUUCUAUAACUGGUUUUCCAGAAGUUUUGAUAUGCAGGUCCUCAUAGCCUUUUCUUUUUCUCCUUUUGCUACACGAGAUUGGAUAAAGAAAUCUUUAGUUGGAAAAGUUUUGAAUUCUCUCCUGUAUCCUUCUUCCAAAAUCGAUAGGAACCAGGACUCUGUCACACUUCUGACCCAGACAGGAUAGAAGAGAUGUUAUUCCUGGCUGGGCCGGCAAAGGUUCAGAAGUUUUUACUUGGAAUACGUGAUCCUCUUCUUCUAGAUGAUUUGGAAGGUACAAGAAAGAGUAGGGAGGUAGGUUAGCGUUAAUAAUAUAAUAGGCAUCGGCCUAAUAGAGGGUCACCCUCUAACCCUCUACUAUAAGAGUGUACAACAAAAGCAAGGAAAGGCUGCGCCAAGAGAACUAAUAAAUAAUAAAAAUACAUAAAAAUAUAAUUUAUAAUAUAUAAUAUAUAAAAUGUAUAUAUAAAAAAAUAUAUAAAAAUAUAUAUAAAAAAAUAUAUAUAUGUGUAUAAAACAGUUCCAAUUGUAUCAGAGAUAGUAUAGUCUUAGUUGCUGUUUCGGCUGGUAGAAUAUCUUCUCUGUUUGUAGUAGAUCGUCUCGUGACAUAAAAGACACAAUGAGAAAGGACCAAUCGUGUAGAGUGUAUAAGAUAAAAAUGAAUUAAAAUAUAAAUAAUACACUCACAUUCGAAUGAGCUAUGGCCAGCUCACGUGUAAUAGGCAUACAGCGUAUUAAUCCCGCUUGUAGGAUGUGUGGAUGCUUGUCCUCCGAAGGGUGAUGGUAUCCAAUUCUCAGGGAAAAAAUAUAAACAACCAAUAGUGCUCUCUGAUGACACGAUGUAAAGAUAGAUUAAAAUAAAAUAAAAUAUACUCACAAAUGGAGUGCAGGCCUGUCUGCACUCGAAUGAUAGCGUGGGUGGUAUAAUCCCCACUUUAGGAUUAAUAAAAUGCCAGGAACGGGUAAUAAAAGAUAUAUAAAAUAAGAUUGUAUAAAGGAAUAAUAAUACAAAAUUAUUUAUUUAUAUAAAAUAUACAAUAUAAUAAAACCAACAACGCAUUUCACCACUAGGGCUUUAUCAAAUUGGUAUAACAUUAAAACCUGGCAAUAAAGGAGUAUAUAUAUAGGUACAUCAAUCAUUUGAAAUUGGCGCCAAAGUGACAUAAUCAAGCAACAGCCAAUCAGAGCUAUUCCUUGUACAAAUUAAAAAUACACUGAUCAAAAGAGAAGAAAAAUUAGUUUUAAACAUGGAUAAUAACUUACAUAGUUAUGUCUUUAUAUAAUAUUUUUAUAUCAUAAGUUUUAUAUAAAUAAAUAAUUUUGUAUUAUUAUUCCUUUAUACAAUCUUAUUUUAUAUAUCUUUUAUUACCCGUUCCUGGCAUUUUAUUAAUCCUAAAGUGGGGAUUAUACCACCCACACUAUCAUUCAAGUGCAGACAGACCUGCACUCCAUUUGUGAGUAUAUUUUAUUUUAUUUUAAUCUAUCUUUACAUCGUGUCAUCAGAGAUGUUGUUUAUAUUUUUUCCCUGAGAAUUGGAUACCAUCACCCUUCGGAGGACAAGCAUCCACACAUCCUACAAGCGGGGAUUAAUACGCUGUAUGCCUAUUACACCUGAGCUGGCCAUAGCUCAUUCGAAUGUGAGUGUAUUAUUUCUAUUUUAAUUCAUUUUUAUCUUAUACACUCUACACGAUUGGUCCUUUCUCAUUGUGUCUUUUAUGUCAUGAGACGAUCUACUACAAACAGAGAAGAUAUUCUACCAGCCAAAACAGCAACUAAGACUAUACUAUCUCUGAUACAAUUGGGACUGUUUUAUACACAUAUAUAUUUUUUUAUAUUUAUUUUUAUACAUACAUUUUAUAUAUUAUAUAUUAUAAAUUAUAUUUUUGUGUAUUUUUAUGAUUUGGAAGGUGUCUGAUAGUUUCUCCAGUUAUAUGUUCUGCGUUUUUGAAAGGAAUGGUCCCUGUACCUCUUAACUUUCCAUGUGGUAGAACCAUAUUUUCUUCCUUGUGGAAGAAAAGCUUUUUUUCCCCCCAUCAGCUGCCUUAUGAAUAGCUUCAUGCAGGACUUUAUGGAAUAGAAAAUCUCCUUGGAAUGGGAGAGCACACAGGGAGGCUUUAGAGGCAUAGUCUGCCCCCCAGUAGCGUAACCAUAACACUCUUCUUGCUGCAACUGACAAGCCCAUGCUUUUAGCCACCAUUCUAGUGACAUCCAAUGAGGCUUCAGAACAAAAUUCAGUAGCCAACUUCAAUUCUUUUAGUCUGUCCAAAAGAUGUUCUCUCCGGACUCCUUUAGCAAUGUCUUCUUCUAAGUUUUCUAACCAAACUUUAAAUGCUCUUGACAAAGUAGUUAAAGCUACUGCGGGAUGUAGUGCAGAUCCUAAUGCUAGGUAUGACUUGAUAAGAUUUGCAUCCAGUCUUUUUUACAUAGGCUCCCUCAGAUAAGCCAUUGGGGUCAAUAGGUAGUAUGGUCUUUUUAGCCAUAUGGAUAAAUGCUUUAUUAUUAAGAGUUACUUUUCUCUCUGGUUUCUACCAUUCUUGGGAAAUGUUUCCUUUAUGGUAGAGUGAACAGGAAAUGUUGGCCUAUUAGCUUUCAGAUCUUCAAAAUCUGUCUGAUUCUUUCAUUUCUGAUUUCUCCUCUGGGAAUCUCGGAGUCUCCCUUAUGAUGUUUAUUAGUUUAUCGACUGCCUUAGAAUCCAAUGUUCUUGAAGCAUGGUUUACUUCACCUUUCUCUUCAUCUGACAGACCUUCCAUUAUGACCGAAUUUUCACUUGAAUCUGUGGAAUUAUCGUCUCUUCUCAUGUUUGGAUGAGGUCAUCUUACUUGUUGUGGACUUGAAGCCUUCGGCUAUUGCCUCUGUAAUCCACUUCUUCAAAUCUGUUUCAGGUGAUUCUUUUAUCCAUUACCUCAGCAGCUUUUGUCAGACACUCUUUACAAAGAUUUCUUCCACUUGGUGCUAGUUGAUUGCAGUUUACGCAUCUUUUGUAUUUAUGUUUGUGUUUUCUUGGAGAAUCCUCUCAUGGAUUGCUUGGGCUGAAAGAGGCCAAUAUAAUAUAUUAUGGGCCUGGAGACACUGAGACACUUGGGGACACUGGGACACAUCGGGGCACUUGUGGAUACAGAAAUUGGGACACUGUGAGACAUAGAGACACAGACAUUUGGGGACACUGGGAGAGAUGGGGACACUGAAACACUAGGGACACUGAGAAACAUGGGAACACAGACACUGGGACCCUAGGGGACACGGGGGCAAUGGGAGACAUGGGUACACAGACACUAGGGACACUGGCUGGGAGACAUGGGGACACAGACACUUGGGGACACUGGGAGACAUGGGGACACUUGUGGAUAUAGACAUGGGGACACUGGGAGACAUGGGGACACUGGGAGACAUGGGAACACUAGGGACACAGAGACAUGGGCACACUAGGGAUAAUAUCCGGGAGACAUAGGGACACUGGGAGGCAUGGGGACACAGACACUAUGGAUACUGGCUGGGAGACAUGGGGACACAGACAUGGGGACACUGAGACACUAAGGACACUGGCUGGGAGACAUGGGGACACUGGGAGACUAGGGGAAACUGGGAGCCAUGGGACACAGACACUAGGGACACUGGCUGGGGGGACAUGGGGACACUGUGUCCCUAGUGUCUCUGUGUCCCAAUGUCCUUCAAUGUCCUCAUUUGUCUCAGCGUCCCCAUGUGUCUCAGCGUCCCCAUGUGUCUCAGCGUCCCCAUGUUUCUCAGUGACCUCAGGUAUCCCAGUGUACCCUAGUGUCUCUGUGUCUCCAUGUGUCCCUGUUGCCUGUACCCCCAUCACUCACUUACCUGAGCUGUAGAGCUGCUGUCUGGACUCUCUGUGCUGUGUAGCGUCUCCCCCGUGGAUCAGUGAGUAGAGAGAGGCAGGGAGGGAUAUGCUGUAACUUCCUAUCCCUGCCUCUCUCCACACACAGUGAACCCUACUGGCUGGUGCUGGUAUUGCAGAGUAAUCUCCGUUUAUACUGUGUUCAACGGACUGUUUUGCACACAAGAUGUUAAAAACCGUUUAGGCGAUAUUCCCCUUUUCAGAUGCACAGACAGCUACUGCAAUCACCAAUCUCCCGAACUGCAAACACAUGAAUUCACCAAUCUCCCGAACUAGAACCAGGGGAAUGCUCAAAACUCCCGAACAGGAAACACACGAAUGCUGUAAACAGCCAAACAGCAAAAACCAUACGAACAGCUUACAGUCCAGGUAGUCGCACUGUAACAGCAUACAAUCCAAUUCCCCCCAAGAAUGAGACGACACUUCGUUUGAGGGUCAAGCAGAACUCAUUUACUGGGGCUACCUGCCCGGCUUUUAUGCAGGUCUCCCACCUGGUGGACACUCCCCUAGGGGACCAGAUGGAAGACUGGGAAACAUAUUGGACAUUGACCAAUCACAAGCUUACAAUCUCACAAUGCAUCACAAUCCCUCCUCUCUGUCCUGGAGAUAAUUGGGAAGUAAUCCUAUUAUCUCCAAGGACAGAGGCAAAACUCCAUUAACCACAUGGCAGACAAAGGACAAUAAAAGACAUAAAAUUACAUACUGUUACAUUCAUCACAUAGAACAUACACAUUCUACCUAUCCCCAGAUAGCUUAGAUCAGAGCGCACAUUAUUACUGAAUGGCGCUCAGAUCACAUACAUACAGUUCAAUCGCCAUGGAGCCAAAGUCUUUCAUACAGUCUUUUAGUAUACGGCUGGGCUCCAUGGCAUAGCUAUCUGGGGUAGCAUGGCUUUAACAGUAAAGUACCGAAUGGACCGGUGUUCGGAUAAUUGACUGCAGGUAGGAGAAGGGAGGUCAGUGGCUCAGCGGUGUUCGUGACUUUAACAGUCCACAGAAAGGCACGAACCAGCCUUUCUGCAGGGAAAAAGAACAGUGUUACACAUGGUGCCAUAGUCCAGUGGCAGGAGGCGGGCGACCAGGCUCCUCCAGUGGCCAGUGGUGAGGUUGGUUCCGCCACACUGAGAAAAAUAUCUCACUUGAAGAAGCCUAAUAGGGUGAAAAGCGUUGUGAUUAUAUUAUUAUUUGUUUAAAUAAAAGGAAGCUUUUUAGGCUACCUAUUUGCUUUGGGCAGUCUUUUAUACUUUUAUUUAGUUUUUUAUUUUUACCUGGCGCAACCUAUUUUCCAUACACGUCAGGUUCAUCAUCAAAAGUAUCCUAGGUGGGGAUUGUUCCACUCCCGCUGUUACCAUAGAGCGGUUUGUCUGCUCUCAAAAUUGUAAGUAUAUUUUAUUUUACUACUACUUAUUUGCAAAUAUGGAGAGCACUAUGGGCCUUCUUUUUCUUGCAUGUAAACUACACUACAACUACCGUAUGAGGGAUAUCCUACAAGUGGGAAGAUGAAAUACCACUUUAAGCUGUUUUACAGAGAGCUGGUUAUAGCUCUGAAAAACGUGAGUUGGCAAUUUUUAGUUCUACUUUGUCUAUAGACUUACAAUACUAUACACUAUUGGUCUCCUAUUCUCUCUUUUGCAUAUGCCAUUGAUGUGUGAUACCACUCCGGAGACAUCUUAUUCAACAUUUGAACACUUUUAAAACCUCAAAAGGACAUUUUUAUAUUCUACUUGGUACCUUUACUUAAUUACUUACCACAAUAUUGUAUUUAUUUUGGUGCUACCUGUAUCAUUUGUUCUAUUUGUUCUAUUUAUCCUUGAAGGUUUUGAGGGUUACCUUCCUUUUCAGGUGUGCAGCCCCCUUGUGAUCAGUUAUUGUAGCGCUGUUCCACCCUUGCUUUUUGUGAGAAAAAUAUCUGCAUUUGUAUUGCCGGUAUUACUGCCAUACUUGCACGGCGAGGGAGCCUCAAAUGCCGGCUGUGCCAGUAAAACACCAGCCAUCUUUAUUUUUUUUAAUGGGCCUAUAUCAUGGGCCUGGAGCCGCAGCUCCAUCAGCCCCUAUAUUAAUCCAGCUCUGUGUGGGAUAGAGGGAGGAGGGACCUUUUAUGCCUACAGAUUGGUUCUAAUUAGUUAACUGUUUCCUGUCCUGUUCUUGUUGGGGGCGGAGCCAGGGGCGUACCUAGAGCAUUAAUCUUUCAGCUGUUUAGUAGAUAACUCCCUUAUUUGUUAUCCUUAUGUGGGAUUGACAUAUUUAAGGACACCAAAUAAGGGAGCUAUCUACUAAACACAUACACAUUUAUAUACACACACACAACCACAGAUAUAUACACACAGACUUGUACAUCUGUGGUUGUGUGUGUAUAUAAAUACACACACAAUCACAGAUAUACACCUAAUCACAGACAACACAAUCACUAUAAACACACACUUAACGACAGAGAUACACACAAUCACAGACACACACAAAAAUCACAUUCUUACACACAUUUAGUAAUUAAGAGGUCCACCCAGCUUCCCUACCUUGCUCUUGGAUCUUCCCCAUGGUGAUUAGCGGUUGCUGCUGGGCUGGGUGCUCUUCCUGCACAGCUCACUUGUGCUCCCAGUAGUAGCCAGGAUGACAUCUUAUCCCAGCUGCCGGUUCACUGCAGGACGCGCACAAUGUGUUUGUGACAGCGUAUGUAUGUGCAUUGUGUGUGACUGCAUGUGUAAUUUGUGAAUGUGAGCCUGCGUGUAAUGUGUCUAUGUGACAGUAGGGGAACAGUUCUUGUACAGCACCCAAACACACAGCACCCAGACACACACAGCACCCAGACACACACAGCACCGUCAGACACACACAGCACCGUCAGACACACACAGCACCCAGACACACGCAGCACCCUCAGACACACACAGCACCCAGAUACACACAGCACCCAGAUACACACAGCACCCCCAGACACACACAGCACCCAGACACACACAGCACCCAGACACACACAGCACCCUCAGACACACACAGCACCCAGAUACACACAGCACCCCCAGACACACACAGCACCCAGACACACACAGCACCCUCAGACACACACAGCACCCAGAUACACACGCAGCACUCAGACACACACAGCACCCAGACACACACAGCACUCAGACACACACAGCACCCAGACACACACAGCACUCAGACACACACAGCGCACCCAGACACACAGCACCCUCAGACACACACACACACAGCACCCUCAGACACACACACACUGCUCCCUCAGAGAGACAGCACCCAAACACAUACAUGCUAGAUCCCUUACCUAUAUGAGUCCUUUACACACUAGAUCUCCUACACACUGCACCUAGCCACACAUAUUACACCACAAACACAAAUUAAAUUGACCUAUUUACACAAAACCACACCACACUCUACACACACACGCAAUCCCACAAGCAGGCGCCAAACACAUGCACCAUACACUUUCCUGGCCCUUUUGACCUCUGGUAUCCCACUUGUGGAGACACCAGAGACAAUUUAAAAGCAAACACAGCGCAAGCAUGUUAUUACAUUUGCUUGCACUGCGCAGAACAUCUUCAGCGGGGCUCUGGGCAUUGAACCAACAUGCUCACUUUGUAUCUUUGUUUGUCUCUAGCCCCGCCCCCUACUUCAGGGGCCACUCUGAUUGAAAAAUGCCCAGGCCUAAUUUUUUUCCCAGUCCGGCCCUGGUGGGGGGUGAUAUAAUGGCAGGGAGGGUGGUAGUAUAAUGGUAGGUGGUGGUUAUAAUGGCAGUUGGGGGUGGGGUAUAGGGCAGGGGGGUUAUAAUGGCAGCGAUGGUGGGGGGUGAUAUAAUGGCAGUGGGGGGUGGGGUAUAAUGGCAGUGGGGGGUGGGGUAUAGGCAGUGGUGUAUCCUGGUUUUGUGCUGCCAUAGGCAGGACAAAACUCAGGCGCCCCCCUGCCCCCGUGCCACCCCCACCCAACCCUUCCCCAGCCCCACCUUCUAAAUACACACACAGUCAGACACAUACACACACACACACACACACACAGACACAAACACACACACACAGUCAGACACAUACACAGACACAAACACACAGUCAGACACAUACACAGACACAAACACAGUCAGACACAAACACACACAGUCAGACACACGCAGUCAGACACACACACAAACACAUACACACACAGUCAGACACAUACACAAACACAGUCAGACACACACACACACACACACUCACAAACACAGUCAGUCAGACACACACACACAGUCAGAGACACACACACUCACAAACACACAGUCAGACACAAACACAGUCAAACACAAACACACACAGUCACAAACACACACACAGUCAGACACAUACACAAACACAGUCAGACACAAACACAAACACACACACAGUCACAAACACAUACACAAACACACACACAGUCAGACACAUACACAAACACAGUCAGACACAAACACACACACACUCAGACACAAACACAGACACAAACACAGUCAGACACAAACACACUCACAAACACAGUCAGACACAAACACACACAGUCAGACACACACACACACAUUACCUUUUUUUUUUAAUUUAAAUCCCCCCCCAACCUCCUUACCUUUGGGAGUGCUGGGGGGGGGUCUCUCUCCCUGGUGGUCCAAUGGCUGCAGGUCGGGCGGCGCUGACAGGCGGGCGGCGAGGGAGCUCUUCCUAUGAGCUGACUGCUCAGCUCCCUCGCGCGCCGGCUACAGAGUGAGGCUGGGAGCCGGAAGAUGACGUCAUCUUCCGGCUCCCAGGCUCACUCUGCGGCACGCGAGGGAGCUGAGCAGUCAGCUCAUAGGAAGAGCUCCCUCGCCGCCCGCCUGUCAGCGCCGCCCGCUCGGGAUGUCAGUUAGCCGCGAGGCUAACUAGGCAUUUGCCCUGGGCAUUUGGGGGGCGGCGUUUUUUGCCGCCCCCUGAAAAAUGCCGCCCAAGGCAAAUGCCUUGUUUGCCUCGUGGCUAAUACGCCCCUGGGUAUAGGGCAGGGGGUUAUAAUGGCAGUGGGAGAUGGGGUAUAAUGGCAGGGGUUAUAAUGGCAGUGGGGGGUGGGGUAUAGGGCAGGGAGAUAUUAUAGUUCCUUACCAUUUAGGAGGGUGCAGGGGCAGCAGCUCCUUCCCAGGCAGGCAGCAGGUGCAGGGAAUCUACAGAGCUGAUCCUCUACAUGUACAAAGUGACUGCGGGGGAGCAACCUGGCUCUGCCCUCACUGCUGGUACACUGCCGGAGAUGCAGGACAGCAGGAGGUACAGAACCUGGCACCCCCCUACUGAGUGGCACCCGGGGCGGAGCGCCCCCCCGACCCCCCUCACUGGGUGGAGCAAACCCAUAAGUGAUUAGCCAGGAAAUUUAGAAUUAAAUGCAAGCAUGUCUCAUUGUGGGUAUAUCUACUUAAAGGUGAGUUUGUUUCUCUGUUUGGGCAGUGGAGUGCCCCUUUAAUGAUAUUUAUUGUCAGCAAUUUUUCUAAUAAACAAGGAAACCAGCCAGUGUGAAGUUUAGAGGCUGCAUGAUUAGAGUACUUACUUAUAACCAUAAGAAAGGACUACCAGUAUUUGCAUUUAUUUUAUGUCACAUAUUGCGCUUGACAGUUCUACUAUUUCAGUUAGAUUUCACGCUAUAAAAUUGCUAAUUUCACAUAAAAAUGAAUGAACAAAUGAUAAAUAAGAAUGUGAUUAGUGACAUAAUUUCAUAUUUAAAAUACGUUCUCCUACGCUCAUCCCUAGGCUCUGCUCACUAGUUCUGUGUGCAUCUAAUUAUUCUGCAUUACUGUAAAGCAUGCCGCGUUGACUAAUACCAAACAUAACUAUAAUCAGUAACACGCCUUUUUUUAUUCUCUCAGGUGCGGGAAUCACUGAGACGUGGUGACAUGAUUUCAGCAGCAAGUGAUUCGCGCACAGCGUUUAAACUAAACAUGGUGUCUCUGGGACUGGGAAUCGCUGGCAACCUUGCUUGGAUCGCAUAUGUGAUUUAUACUACAGUGACAUACCCUUACGGUUACUCCCACUACUAUAGUGGUUAUGGUUAUUAUAACAACUAUAAUUAACAGCAGCACUCACAAUGCAAUGACAAUAAAAUGCAUGCAGCCAAACGUGUUGCUAAAACCGUGUUGUUCUGCAAAAGUCUAUCUCUCCCCUGUAUGUUACUGUAAUGGCCGUGUUAAUAGUUAUUGUUUGAGUUCGGCAAUAUUACACACAAAGGACAACUGUCACCUCAAAUCCUUUCAUCAACUUCAAAAGGAGCUUUUUUAUUUUAUUUUAAAUAAAGUAUAUGUAAAAAAAAA